UUUUUAUCAGUUUACAACACCGUCUUCGUUUCUGAACACUGGUUCAUACUUACACGAAGCAAGCGGAAAGGUUGAUGCGUGGAAGAAGACAGUUCGCUUUCCCUCUUCAAAAUGCCAGUGAGACGGGGUCAUGUUGCGCCCCAGAACACUUACCUGGACACCAUCAUCAGAAAAUUCGACGGGCAAAACCGCAAGUUCCUGAUCGCCAAUGCGCAGAUGAAGAACUGCGGCAUCAUCUACUGCAACGAGGGCUUCUGCCAGAUGUUCGGCUUCUCGCGGGCGGAGAUCAUGCAGCAGUCCUGCACCUGCCAGUUCCUGGUGGGUCCAGGCACCAUGAAGGGCGCCCUGGCCCAGCUGGCCCAGGCGCUGCUGGGCUCCGAGGAGCGUAAAGUGGAGAUCCUCUACUAUGGAAAAGAAGGGACCUGCCUGCCCUGCCGUGUGCAUGUGGUUCCCGUGAAGAACGAGGAGGGAACCGUCAUCAUGUUCAUCCUCAACUUCGAGGAGCUGCUUGACACCUCACGCAAGAAGGGCGGGCUCAGACAGCGGCUGGCCCAGGGCUGGCUCCGAGCAGGUCAGAGUGGGAGACUGAGGCUGAAGCUGCCCUCCCUGCACGCCAUCGCCCUUCGCCAGCCCUCCAUCUCCAAGGACCAGUUCGAGGGCGUGGUGGUGGACCACCUGCAUCCUAGCAACGAGGAGGUGCCCCUGAAGGACUUCCACAUCCUAUCUAAAGAGAGCUGUAUGCAGUCGGAAACGGAGGCCCUGAUAGAGCAGGGCCGCACCUCACACCCUAUGGCACACUCCUCCCCUAAAUGGCUCCCGGAACACCUGGAUCCCCAUAGGCCCUUUCCUGGAGAUGGCCUGCCGCGGAGCCGGUCCCGGGACAGCCUGCAGACCCUCCGCCGUGCCUCCUCGCUCGAUGACAUCGACAGCAUGAGGGCCAGCUGGAGCGGGCGGGGCGGGGACCUGCGCUUUAACAGCAACCUGAAGUCCAACCUGCUGAACUCCACGUCUGACUCAGACCUGAUGAAGUACCGCGCCAUCAGCCGGAUCCCACAGAUCACGCUCACCUUCGGCUCCGACCGGCUGCGCCCACCCUCGCCGGCCGAGAUCGAGAUCAUUGCACCCAGCAAAGUGAAGGACCGCACACAGAACGUCACAGAGAAGGUGACACAGGUGCUGUCCCUGGGUGCAGACGUGCUUCCGGAGUACAAGCUGCAGGCACCACGCAUCCACAAGUGGACCAUCCUGCACUACAGCCCCUUUAAGGCUGUGUGGGACUGGGUCAUCCUGCUGCUGGUGCUCUACACGGCCGUCUUCACGCCCUACUCGGCCGCCUUCCUCCUCAACGACCAGGAGGACGAGCGCGCCUGCGGCUAUACCUGCAACCCGCUCAACGUGGUGGACCUCAUCGUGGACAUCAUGUUCAUCAUCGACAUCCUCAUCAACUUCCGCACCACCUAUGUCAACCGCAACGACGAGGUGGUGAGCCACCCGGGCCGCAUUGCCGUGCACUACUUCAAGGGCUGGUUCCUCAUCGACAUUGUCGCUGCCAUACCCUUCGACCUGCUCAUCUUCCGCUCUGGCUCUGACGAGCCCCAGACAACCACACUGAUUGGCCUGCUGAAGACUGCUCGACUGCUGCGAUUGGUGCGUGUUGCACGGAAGCUUGACCGAUACUCGGAAUAUGGGGCAGCAGUCCUCUUCCUACUCAUGUGCACCUUCGCCCUUAUUGCUCACUGGCUGGCCUGUAUCUGGUACGCCAUCGGCAAUGUGGAGCGGCCCUACAUGAAGAUAGGCUGGCUGGACAACCUGGCUGACCAGAUUGGCAAGCGCUACAACGACAACGAUUCUACCUCCGGUCCCAGUAUCAAGGACAAGUAUGUCACAGCACUCUACUUCACCUUCAGCAGCCUGACCAGCGUGGGCUUCGGCAAUGUCUCACCAAACACCAACUCUGAGAAGAUCUUCUCCAUCUGCGUCAUGCUCAUUGGCUCGCUGAUGUAUGCCAGCAUCUUCGGGAACGUAUCGGCCAUCAUCCAGCGCCUGUACUCGGGCACAGCGCGCUACCACACCCAGAUGCUGCGGGUCAAGGAGUUCAUCCGGUUCCACCAGAUCCCCGGGGGCCUGCGGCAGCGCUUGGAGGAGUACUUCCAGCACGCAUGGUCCUACACCAAUGGCAUCGACAUGAACGCUGUGCUAAAAGGCUUCCCAGAGUGCCUGCAGGCUGACAUUUGCCUGCAUCUGAAUCGCAGCCUGCUGCAGAACUGUAAGGCCUUCCAGGGGGCCAGCAAGGGCUGCCUGCGAGCUCUGGCCAUGCGCUUCAAGACCACCCACGCCCCGCCGGGCGACACCCUGGUGCACUACGGCGACGUGCUCACCGCCCUCUACUUCAUCUCCCGCGGCUCCAUCGAAAUCCUGCGUGGGGACAUUGUGGUGGCCAUACUGGGUAAGAAUGACAUCUUUGGGGAGCCCAUAAGUCUGUAUGCGCGACCUGGCAAGUCUAACUCAGAUGUGCGAGCGCUGACCUACUGUGACCUACACAAGAUCCAGAGGGACGACCUGCUGGAGGUGCUGGAUAUGUACCCAGGCUUCUCCGACAACUUCUGGAUCAACUUGGAGAUCACUUUCAACCUGCGAGAUGCAGAUGGAGUCAUGCAGACGCUGACCAGUGAAGACUCUGACUGUGGUUACCACCGGCCGCGGCGCAAGAGAAACUCCCUGCACCGCCGCAACCGGCCUGAUGGGAUGGACCGGGAGGGCUCAUACCCCAACCAGUCCUGUCCCACCAUGGGCAACCACCAGAGGGCAGCACCACACCCACAGUGGGAUGAGCUGUGCAGCAGCGGGAGCCCCUGCUCCCAGUCCAGCGAGGAUGAGAUGAAGCCCCUGAGCCAAAGCAAGACUGAACUGUACUCACCAGGAGGCGACACGUGUGACUAUCCCCCUGCUGUUGUCAGCCUGUUGCCACCCAGCAGCACCACAGCUGGCGUGGGGAGCCCCAUAGACCGAAAUAACCCCUACACAGCGGCCCCUCUCAACGUGCCAGGUCUGUACCGGUUCUGGCCUGACCGGCGAUCCAGCCAGUUCUCAGAGAGCACCCAGCGCUCCUCCUCUGUCCGCGCCACCUACCACCCCCCGCCCUGCGCAGAGGACCGCCCCAGCGAACUGGAGUCCCGUCUGGAGCUGCUGCAGUCCCAGCUCAACAGACUGGAGACGAGAAUGACAGCCGACAUCAACGUGAUUCUGCAGCUCCUCCAGCGCCAGAUGGCUCCGGUGCCCCCUGCCUACACCGCUGUAUCGCCCAGCGCCCACCCACCACACUCACCUGGCCUAUACAGCCCUGGAGCACAGGUGCUGCACAGCAUGGCCCCCAUCACAGCAAUGCAGAUGGACAGCCUGGCCCCGCCCCUGCAGAGUCUGAACACUGAGAAGUCCAACCUCAGGUCCAGGGACUCCAUGUCCAGCGGCAUCCACCUGGCUGCAGCCUCAGAUGAGUUGAUUUCCCCUGCGACAGAGAUGACCACGCCUGGUCUGAGACCGCUCCCAGCCCACAUUUCUGCAGGCUCGCCCGGACUGUGUGGCAACCUGCGCUUCCCCUCACUCCCCGAAAACCUGGAGGGCUCCUCGGGCCUGGCUGAGAUUCACAGACAUGUCUCAGACCCCAUCCUGCCCGGCAGGUAGGGCCCCCACCUAGCUCUGUUCUGUCCCAUGGUGACCCUUCACCCCUCCG